AUGGAUUAUGUCGGGAGCAUCGAACCUUAUGGGCGAGAGCGGGCUAUCCAGGAAUAUAACAGGGGAAUGCCUAUAACAUACAGGGUUAACUUUCCCUUGAGUUCGCCGCUCCCAAAGCUCACUGCGCUCUAUGUCAAUGACAAUAUACUUUGCUUUGCUCACCCAGAUACUCCCGCAUCAAAUGAAUAUUUGACAACAAUAACACUUGGGCACACUUUGUUCAUAAAGUCUGGAGCAAAUUUAAUUUAUCAAAUGCAACACAACAUCUCGGCAACCCAAACAAAUUAUGUUAACAAUGUUGGGAAUGGCUUCGAAACACCGUCUUCGUAUGUUGAUCAAACUACUUUUAAGACAACGCACUAUUAUGCCACUCAUUUUGUGCGGCCAGAAUCAAACAUAAUAAACAGCGUUAAUAGACCACAAUCACAGUUUUACCCUGAAGAAGUUACAUUUUCGGACCCUCCAAGACGAUGGCCAUCACACCAACUGCAACCACAGCAAAUACAAUCGCAGCACGAAGCCAUGACGUGGCCAGGACCAGUAACUGGUGUAGCUGGAAAUUCUUAUCCUAAGGCUCCAUUGUCUGGGACUGAUAUUCCGGAGUUUGAAGAUCCUUCAAUCGUACAAUGUGGAAAAGCAAAAAGAGGAGUUGCUCUUAUUUGGCACGGUCAGAGCUACUCUCGCGGCGAGUGGCCUUGGCUAGUUGCUAUUUAUCAGAAUAAAGACCGAACACUCAGCUUUGUGUGUUCUGGUACUUUGGUUUCGGACAAACAUGUUAUCACAGAUGAUAUAGCAUUGUUCACACUGGAGCAAUCGGUACAAUUUAAUAACAACAUCAAACCAGCUUGCUUAUGGGGUGGCAAUCCCGAUUUAAAUCGAAUUGUCGGCCAAACUGGAGUGGUCACUGGUUGGGGAGACAACGAAAUUGGUAAAGGCGGGCAUGGAGAACCCCGCAUGAUUAGAUUGCCCAUUGUUAGUACCACUGAUUGUCGAGCUUCUAAGCUGGAUUUCCACAAACUCACCUCUGAUACAACUCUGUGUGCAGGUAAUCGCGAUGGAUCAGGGCCUUGCUCUGGCGAUUCUGGCGGUGGCCUUUUCGUUUUGGACGAUGGUCGUUGGAAACUAAGAGGAAUCGUCUCUCUAGCCCUUUCAGCAACUUCGGCUGAUAAGAGGUGCAAUCUCGACGAAUACAUCGUCUUCACGGACGCUGCUAAAUACUUAUCAUGGAUUAAGAAGUACAUGCAGUUCUAA